CUCUUUUACGAUAAUUGAUUAAAUCUACUAAUUGUUACACAAUUAACCUUCACUUAUGAUCACUAAUAAGAUAAAUUGUCUACACUUUGGACAGAACAAUUAAAAUUAGAACUGUAACUUUGAUGGAAAAGUAAAGCAAAAAAUCAAACCAACCAGCAAUUAAAUUAGAAAAAUUUUCCAAUUGAAUCAAUAAGAUGAAAGAAAUUAUCUAAUUGUGAUUUAAUUGUUUAGACAAAUUAAGAAAAUUUCAUGAAAUGAAUUUCAUCUGAGCGCAUUAUCCAAAUUUACUUGGCGAUCGAUAACCAAAGAGAAAAUGAGAGAGAUUUUUAUUCUCUUUCUUCUCUGUCUAUUUUUACAUUUUCUUCAAUUCUCUCUCUCUCUUUUUCUGUCUAUUUUCUGCUCUUUCUUUACUCUCUCAUCAUCAUGAAGAAAGAAAAAGGAUUCAACUCAAAACAGAGGAAAAACCUAUGAACCUUUCCCUGGACAUUGAUACACAUUCUGUCACCAUCAACAUCCACCUUGAUCAUUUACCAUCAUCUCCAUCAACCUAAUCAUUUGUUAACUGUUUCUGUGUGUUCACAAUUAGUGAAUCAAUUGUGUCUCUUACAAAAUGAUUAACUCACCAUUCAAAUAAGUGAUGAUGGUCAACAAUUAGAGAGAAAUAAUCACCACAGGAAUAUUUCUCUUUCCAUUUUCUAUUAUCUCCAUGAAGAAUCUUCAUCUUUACCUUUAGUGCUCUCUCAUUUUCUACUCUCUCUCUCACCUAACCAAAUAUUAUGUUAUUCUACAAUUUUCUCAGUCACAAUUGUCAUCAUCAUCUUCAUCUUCAUCUUCUUCCUCGAUUGGAAUAAUUUUCAUUUCUCUCUCACUGAUGUGAUGUUAUUAUUUUCUAUUAUUGGUGAUUCGUAGCAUCUUCUCAUUACCAGCUAACGUUAUUUUCUUCGUGUCGCCAUUUUAACUCUUUCUUUUUUACUUCUUUUUUGGUAGAAUUUAAAAUCCAUAAUUUGAAAUGGUUAUCAUGGUGAUGAAGAUGCUGACAGUUAAUGAUUUAACAGCAUCAACAAGUUCACAUUGUCACCAUGAAAUUGCUAAAUUACCAUUGGUAUUUUCGUCACCAAAUGAUCACCAGAGUAACAAUUUAAAUGAUGAUGAUGAUCAUUGGAUUGAUCUGUUGUUAAUCAAUCAACAAACGGAUUGGAUUGUCUCCAUUUCAAAGUAUUAAUAUUUUUACUAAUCCAAAUUAAGAUUAAUCAUCUGGAUUGUUAUUAUAUUCACGCUCCCAGUGAAAGUGUUAUAUUUGUAAUAAUUAAAUCAAUUGAAUAUUUUUUGCAUCCAUUUGAGGUUUCAACUCAUCACAUUGGGAAUACAAUUUAAAGGCCCCAAAUCAAUUAAACCCUAAGGGUGUGAAAAAUGAUUACCAACAUGAUUACCAGUUGAUUAUUAAUCCACCAAGACCAAUAAUCUGUUGAAAAUUAGUUAUUUUCUAAAUCCAAUAUCCCUUAAUACACUAAUCAUUCAACUUUAAUUUUUUUCUCUUCUUGCUAAUUAUUCAGUGUCAUUGGUUUUUAUCCUUAAUCAACAAUAACUAUGAGACCGUUUAAAAGUGUUUAUUACCAUUUAAUUGUUACAAUUAUGAGAUUAUCAUCAUCAUUAUAUAAAAUAAUAUUGUAAAUGUUAUAUUACGAUUAAGGUGAAUACCCCCCAAAGGAAUCAAAGAAAUACCCAGCAAAUCAAACCCUUUCGAGGAAAUAAGAAGCAAUCAAAUUUACGGCGGAAUCCACAAUUUGCUACAAUUAAAAGGGAGGCAAUCAUAAAUAUAUAAUCUGCAUCAUUAUUUACAUCAUAAUUAAAUCAUCAUCGAAUCAUCAUCAUCAUCAACAAACCAAAUUCUCUGUCAACUGAAGCUCAUACUCACAGGAAGGAAAAAGAAAAUCAUUCAACAGUUUCAACAUUUUCUUUCUCAAUCUUCUCAUAUCAUCGGUUUUACUAUUAAGUUGAUUACAUUGUUACUAAAUUACAAUUAUCUAUACAUAUAAUAGAAUUGUGAACAAUUAACUAAAUUAUGGCCCAUCAUUAUCAUCGAAGACAAAUGAGACAAAUCGCCGAGGCUCAGGCUAAAGCGGGAGAAUCUGCAUCUUCCUCUGGUGUCAAUGCCUCCGGGGCAAAUAGCGAAGAUCAACCAGCCACAAAUCAUCCAACUCUCAAUGAUUCAGUUCCAUGUGAAGAUUGGAAUCCAAAUCAAAUUGUUUAUCGAAAGAUGGAGAUCGUGGUUGAGAAAAUGCAAGAUGAACAAUUUGGAGUUCCUGUUAAAACAGUUAAAAGUUUCAUCUCAAAAAUUCCCAGUGUAUUUACAGGUAGUGAUUUAGUGGCCUGGAUGAUGAAAAAUUUAGAUGUCGAUGAUCAGAUUGAAACGCUACAUUUGGCCAAUCUAAUGGCCGCUCAUGGUUAUUUGUUUCCUAUUGAUGAUCACGUUUUAACGGUGAAAAAUGAUUCAACCUAUUACCGAUUUCAAACACCCUAUUUUUGGCCAUCUAAUUGUUGGGAGCCCGAGAAUACCGAUUACGCUGUUUACCUUUGUAAAAGAACGAUGCAGAACAAAACUCGCCUCGAACUAGCCGAUUAUGAGGCCGAAAAUCUUGCCCGUUUACAGAAGAUGUUUUCUCGAAAAUGGGAAUUUAUCUUCAUGCAGGCAGAAGCACAAGCAAAAGUUGACAAAAAGCGUGAUAAGUUAGAGAGGAAAGUCUUAGAUUCUCAAGAAAGAGCCUUCUGGGAUGUCCAUCGGCCAGUGCCUGGAUGUGUAAAUACAACUGAAAUUGACAUAAAGAAAGCAUGUCGUAUGAACAAACCCAAAAGUACCAAACAUGCUACUUCAUCUGUUGGUGGUCGAUUAAGUCCAGUUAGUGAAAGUGCUAAAUUUGAAUUACUUCGUAAAGAAGUUGAUUAUCUUCGGAUUCGAUUAGAACAUCGAAUCGGUGGAGUUAAAUUAAGUAAAGUUUCCGAAACUUAUUGUACAUAUUUUGACCAGUGGGCAGAAUAUGAUCCGUUCAUUACUCCACCUGAGCCAACAAAUCCCUGGAUUAGUGAUUCAAAUGAUUUCUGGGAACUCGAACGUCAAACGAAGGAUGUUCCUUGUCGCCGUGUCCGCCGUUGGGCUUUCUCAUUAAAAGAGCUACUCAGAGACCCGGCGGGUCGAGAGCAGUUUAUGAAGUUUUUGGAGAAGGAGUUUUCAGCCGAGAAUCUAAAAUUCUGGGAUGCGGUCCAAGAAUUAAAAUGUGUCCAUUCAAAAGAUGUCGCAGCAAAAGUUCAAGAUAUUUGGUCUGAAUAUCUUGGUACAGAGGCUAAUUGUCCGAUCAACAUUGAUUCCAAAUCAUAUGAAACAACCAAGAAAAACAUGGAAACCAAACCAAAGAGUCGAUAUAUUUUUGACGAAGCCGCUGGACAUGUUUACCUGUUGAUGAAGAACGAUAGUUAUCCUCGUUACCUGAGGUCGGAAAUGUACAAAGAAUACCUGAGCGGGACAAAGAAAAAGACUUCUGUAAAAGGGAUUCGUGGUGUAAUAGCGUUCGGAGCCAAAAAAGUCGGAGAUCAGAUCGCUUUAACCGCUGCCAAUACCGCAACCUCCCUCAAUUAAGUGAACAAUCAAAAAUAACGAUUGUCCAAAAAUUGUCCUUUCAUAAAAUUAUAAUCGCAAUGAAAUAUUAUUAUUAUUACUAUUACCAUUUACUAUUGAUUAACUUUCCAAACCUAAAAGCCUUCAAAUCAACAUUAAACACUCACACACAUUCACUAGAUACUUUGUGAUUUACCUUUUUCUCUGUUUCUCUUUUCUGCUUGACCAAUGGUCAACACAACAUCUCUAAUUGAUUUUUCUCUCGAUAGACAGAGAUACCUGCCUAUCGACUUUAUCUUUUACCUUUUCUUUUCUCUCCUUAUUUCUAUGCCUCUGGCUGCGACUUCUAUUCCUAGAUGACCCUUUUAAAAAAACGCUUAAAAUCAUCAUCAUAAUCAUCUUCAUCUUCAUCUUCGUCAUUCUUUUCUUUCCAUAUUUAGAAACUUUAAUCUGAUCAUUUCAGUUUCAGCGAUUAAUUGAUUCUGAUUAGUGGAAAUUAAUAUUCAAUAACAAUGGUAAUAAUAAUAAUAUCUAAAAAUGCUUUGCUCUGUUUCCGAAAAAAAAAGGUUCGAUUACUUGGCUUUCCUCAUGUCUUUCUAACCUUUGCCCUUCCUUGACCCUUAUUCUUAAUCCCUUUUCUCGUUCUGUCCCUUUGACCACAACCUGUUGAUUUGCUUAUAACUGUUUUCUUACUUGUUGUUAUUUCGCCUUAACUUUUUUUCUUCCCUCUGUCUCUGUAGACUCACAAGCUUGACCAGCAACCAAAGUGAACUGACCACUCUAAUCGUCUCUCUCUCUUCUCUUUCUCUCUCUUUUCUUUUUUUGUUAAUCUUUAUCCUUCUCAUCAGUGUAUCAUCUUUAUCUUCAUCGUUAUCAUCGUUGCUUUUUACCUUUUACCCGCUGAGCUUUAAAGUCUUAGUUUGAUUUAUGCUCAUGUUUUCAGCCGAAGAGUCCUAACUCUCUCUCUCUCUCUCUCUCUCUCUCUCAUUCACUCGGUUGGAUGUUAAUCUUGAUAACAAAUGACAAUCAUCAUCAUUUAUCUGAAGAUAAAAUGAUGAAUAUGAUUAGAUGAUGAAGAUGAUACUAAUUGUAAUGAUUUGAAGACGAUGAUUCGGUUUUAACAUAACCGAAUUAGAGUCACAAACUAGAAAUUGAAUGUUAAUCUGUUCACUUUGAUUCUUGAUUAAGCUUCUGAUCUAAUUUAUCUUCUUAAUUCACAAUUUAUAUUAAUUGCUUGGUUAUUUAUCCUUUUCCUCUACUAUUAUUUUACCCUAAUAAUCAGUUAAUUGCUUGCUAAUCAUAUCAAAUCCCCUUCGGCUAUUGUGAAUGUUUCAAGUUAAUUGAAUCAAUUGAUUUAUUUUCUUGAUAUUAAUUGUGAUCAGUUUUUUUUUAUUUAUUUCUAAAUGUUUCCUGCUACCUUUAAAUAUCUAAGUAUAUGUGUUAUCCUAAUCACAAUCAACUAAUUGUUGUCACUUGUUUUUGUUUUCAUUUUGACUUAAUCCAGUUUAAACUUCUUCAAUUGAUCCUAAUCAAAUCAACUGAUUGCUUGUGAUUUGAUUACUUUGAUUGAGGAUAAUUUUUAAUUUCUCUCUAUUAAUUUAUCUAUUAACUACACUUUCACUUUCUAAUCAAUCACAAUGAUCACACACAUUCACACACUCAACAAAUUAUCACAAUUAAACUAAAAGUCAGUCACUGAUCAGAUACAAUCAUUUUAAUUGACAAUCAAUAUCCAAGUCCAGCAUUUUAAUUAAUCAAGACAAAACUUUAGGUAUUCAAUUGAUCAUACCAACAAUUAGAAUGGACAAUUAAAUGAUUUAUCUGAUCUGAAGGCUUUUGCACAUUCACACUUAAUGAUUUGUUUCUUGAUUAUCUUACUAUUUACACUUAAUUUAAUUUCGUAAUUAAAUCACAAUGAUUAAUGAUUAUAAUUUUGUCUUUCUCUCUCUCUCUCUCUCUUAUCAUCUC